UGGCAUCGAAUCCGUGGCAACGGGUUUGGGUUUUCUUUUUGGUUAGUGCCCAACCCAGCUCAGCACUGGUGCCCGGGAUCACCUGUCUGUUUGCGCCUGGGCUCCAUAAGCCCUUUCAUCUGGUUCUUGUUAUAAAACUGGCCGCUCCUCAUUCUCUGCAGCCCAUCCAGAGGCUGUCCUGUGGAACGUAGUAUCGGCAGGCGGAAGAGUGCCACAUCAGAUGAAUUUGGGAAAAGCCAGCUUAAAUAUAGUUUAGACAGUGAUAGUCAUCCCUUUAACGUGCUGUGUACAUCGCAAACCCGAGAACAGCUGCAUUUUCCAAGCCUGUGUGAUCAUGGAGCUUCAGUGUUCUCUUCCCUUCUGUGUACUUUUUCUAAUUAUCACCGCAAAGGUCUUGUUGGACUCACCGUGAAUUCCACCUUGAAUUGUUAUAGUUCCCGGGGGGCAUCUCAUGGUGGCAGUGGCAGGACAACUUCAGCUUCAUGGACCCUCCUGGAAUGCUUGUCAUAUAUGGAGUUCCAUAAACAUUUGACAGUAAAUAAAACAGUGAACUGUAAAGUACUAGGUUGUAAUUUGGCAUCUCUGCAUUACAUGUUUCUAGAUAUGGAUCAGGAACUUUCCAGGUUGGUAGAAGAGCUCACAACUUCCGGAGAAUCCCUUCUGAAUCCUGAGAAAAUGAAGGAACUGAAGAAAAUUUGCAAGUCUUCAGAGGAUCAGCUCCGCCACGCGUACCACCUGCUGAUGACCCAGCUGAACCAAGAGCAUGCUGAGAUCCGCCUCUCUGCCUUCCAGGUGGUAGACGCGCUCUUCGCCCGGUCGCAUCAGUUCAGGGUGCUGGUUGUUUCCAACUUCCAAGAGUUCCUGGAGCUGACGCUGGGCACGGAUCACGAGCAGCCCCUGCCGCCCCCCAGGGAGGUGGCCCAGAAACUGCGGCGGGCAGCCAUCCAGGCUGUUGAGGGGUGGAACGAGAAGUACGGCGAGGCCUACAAGAAGCUGGCCUUGGGCUACCACUUCUUACGACACAACAAGCAGGUAGAUUUUCAGGAUGUCAACGCUAGGACCGUGGCAGAGAGAAAGAGAGAAGAGGAGAAGCAGAAACGCCUGGAUAACAUCUACAGAGAGCGAGCCAAGCAGGCCGAAAGGGAGAUGGAAGAGAUGUCUGCAGAAGUCCGAUCCUGCCUCACGGAAGUGGAGAACUGCUUUCGGCUGUUAGUGCCCUUUGACUUUGCCACGGGCCCUAGGGCCGCCUGCCCCAUCAUGGCCCCAGGGGUGCCUGAUGAAGACGCCCUGCCCUCCUCGAGCCUCCGCCCGGCCAGCCCUGGCCUCCAGGACGAGGAGCAGCCCUGCUGCAGCAGAGACCUGCCUGCCUUCCCACACAGUCUGCGAGACAUCGGUGGUAGGGACGGGCCGCCAGAGGGAGCCACGGGGGACCUGUCAGAGGAGGAGCACAAGGACCAGGAGGAGUUCCUCCGGAGCCACGGGCUCGGCUCGCACAAAUACACGCUGGACCUGGAGCUCUGCUCAGACGAUCUGCAGGUGCAGGAGAAUGAAGACAACAGCGCCGUCAUGCACAGCGCCCGGGAUGCGCUCAAGCUCAUCCAGAACAAGUUCCUGCCGUCCGUGUGCUCCUGGGUGCAGCUGUUCACCCGUGCUGGGAUUCACGACCAACGGCUGAAGCAUGCCAUCGAUGUUAAGACGGAGCUGGAAGUGGCUGUGAGGAAGUAUGAGGAGCUUCACAUCAAGCCUCAGGAAGGACCCAGGAGGCUGACUGCAGCCCUGGGGGACGGGAGCGAGGACGAGGACGAGUUUGUGGAGGUUCCAGAAAAGGAGGGGUACGAACCCCACAUCCCCGACCACCUUCGGGCAGAAUACGGGCUGGACCCAGUAGCCCCUGUCCAGACUCUGGAGAAAGACCCGCCGGGAGCAUCCGCUGCUCGAGCCUUGCAUGAGAGGACAAGGAGGGACGAGGAGGCAUCAGACCCCACCUCUGCCGCCGCCCAACUGCGGCUGCUCCGGGAUCAGCUGCCCCCACCCUCAUCCUCCAGCCCCUCCAGGGCGCCACUGGGACCAGACGAGGCCCAGAAGCUGGCAGCAGAGCGAGCCCGGGCACCCGUGGUGCCCUUCGGGGUGGACCUGUGCUACUGGGGCCAGGAGGAGCUGGCGACCGGCAAGAUUCUCAAAGCUGACUCUCUGCAUCGCUUCUGGGGGCCCAGCGAGGUGGACGAGGAAGUGGACAACGCGGACGUCUCAGAGAUGCUUCGCAGUCGCCACAUCACCUUUGCGGGAAGGUUUGAGCCAGUGCAGCACAGGUGCCGCGCCCCACGGCCCGACGGCCGGCUCUGUGAGCGCCAAGACCGGCUGAAGUGCCCCUUCCACGGGAAGAUCAUCCCCCGAGAUGACAGGGGGCAGCCCCUCAACGCAGAGGACAGGGCCCGGGAGCAGAGGCAGCAGCUGCAGAGGCAGGCGGAAUGCCCAGAUUGGCAGGACCCGGAGUUCAUGAGAGACGUUGAGGCCACCGUGAAGGUGGACCUGGGCUCGUCCCGGUACGGCGGGAAGGGCAAGGGCAAAGGGAAGAAGAGGAAGUACCCCAACCUCACCGAUCUGAAGCAGCAGGCAGAUACGGCCCGGGCACGCAUCGGGAAAAAGGUCUUUGACAAGGCAGCUGUGCGGAGGGUCAUCACAGCCAUGAACCAGAUGGACCGGAAGAAGCACGAGAAGUUUGCAAACCAGUUUAAUUAUGCACUGAAUUAAAGGGCUGAACCCAAGUGCAGUGUGGUCCCCUCUGGCCUCCAGCUUCUCCUCUGCCGCUGCACUGCUGGCUGGCGUGUUCAGACUGGAGAGCAGACCUAAGUCGACCAGUAACCUCAGGGCUGAACAUAGUUGUAUAUC